AUGCAUCGGAUACCUUCGCUUCUUGAUUCCGUGGCUCUCCCCGUCAUCGAUGUUCGCUUCUCCGUUAGAAUAAAUCGUCGCAGACAGUCUCUCAAAAGCGUGCACCUUCACCGCACACGCGCCUCUCCCGUACGACAGCAGCAGGACAAGUACAUCUACACGCCGUUGAGCGACAUGGCUGCAGCAGCGGGGCAGAAGGUCAAUGUCUUCGGCGUGGUGGUUCUUGCAGACAACAUCCGGCACUCCCAGGGAACGGAUUUCUUCUGCACGCUGCUACUAGCUGACACCACGUGCCACAGCCCUGGCUAUGCCGUCAAUGUCUUUGCUUCUCGAGCUGAUCAGCUACCUCAAGUUGCCAAUGUCGGCGAUAUCAUUCGCAUCCACAGAGUGAUGAGCACGGUGAUCCACAGUGGUCCUCUGGGCACAGCGCGCACAGGUCUGGGCAGCGCCUACGCUCUCUUCUCAGGGGCGCCAGGCGCGCCCCUGGAGCCCUACUCCUUCUCGCACAGAACCUUCUCACCACUCUCCGACGGCCACAAGCAGCUCGUGCAGCAGCUCCGGCUCUGGGCGCACGGCUUCCCCUUCCUCAUCCGCCCACCCACAGCACCAGAGCCAUUGCUGAGCAUCAGCAGCAUCGAUGCAGACAUUGCGUUUGACCUCUGCGUGCAGGUCCGUGUGCCCACUGUCAUGCCGAUUUCUGCUUCUCCGCUUCUGAUCGACAUUAAAAUAACCUUGCAAGCAACACCAAUCCCCUCCAGUCAUUCUCCCCCUCAAGGCCAACCCUUCAGUGUCCCUUCCUCCACCACACCAUGCGCGGACCCCAGCUCAUCCCUACCCCAACCAGCACCCACUAGCCCACCCACAUCAACUCCUCCUUCAGCAUCGGCGCCUGCAGGGGUACAUGCUGCCGCUCCUCCAAGCAUACGUUCAGAGCACCCUCCCUUCGCCAUUGGCGGUCGCCCCGCCCCGCCUCUCUCUGUGCUCCGACGCGUCCCCCCUUUGGGCUCCCUCCUGCCUGUCAUGUGCCACGUGGACGAUCUUCACUGGCUGCUGCACCGCCUGCACCCCUCUGUAGCGCGGGCGUUGGAGGGGGAGGGAGCAGGGGGGACGGACAGGGCGGGGCAGGAGGGGGAAGGUGGCGGCAGAGGCGAAGGGGGAGAGAGGGGUGGGGAGGGUGCGAGGGCAGAGCGAGAUCAGAAUGGGGAGCAGGGAGAGGGAAGGGGAGUGGCAGCAGAGGGGAGUGAGAGACGACAAGAUGGGGGGGAGGGCGGGGAGGAGGGUGAGGAGGGGAGGGUGGCGGGAGUGUGGCAGCAGGAGGGGGUGGUGCCGUGCUGGGUGCGGCUGAGGAACAUCAGAGCCACGUGCCACGGCGCCAGAGGUGACUGGCUGGGCAUCUUCAACAACUCCAGUCGCCUCAGCCUCGUGAGGGAGUGCUACUCGGACGUUGCACAGUUGACAAGCACGUAUGCAGAGAGGGCAGCGAGUGAGGACGCCCACACGCGGAUAGGCAACAUGGCUCUGUGGGCCUCCAUCCACCAACACACACGCAUCGCCCGUACCCUGCAGCCGUACUCCACCCUUCGCCAGGUCUACACCCAUCCUGUGGUGCCGUACCGCUUCCGCUGUGCAGCGCGUGUCAUCUUCGCCUCUGCCAUCCACCCCGCUCGCUUCACUGCUUUCGUCCCGGACAAGCUCCGCUCCCUCUCUUCCACCUCCGUUCCCCCGCGCUCCUCCACUCCUCCACCUGCUGCUGGUACUGAUGCGACUGAGGGGAGGGUGGAGGGAGAAGGGAAGGGAAAGCGGUUAGGAGAGGAAGGCAUGGAAAGGGCGCGCGAGAAAUUGCGCAAGGGAGAGGAACAUGCUGACGUGGCAAUGCAGGAUGGUGCUGACGUGGCGAGGCAGGAUGGGGCUGAUAUGCCGCUACAGGAAGACGCUGAGGCUGAUGUGGCGAGGGAAGCAGUAGGGAAGGGGGUGGAAGAGGGAGAAGGAGGUGGUUCGGGGAAAGCAUCAGAGACAGCAGGCACAUCAGAGGGAGUGGGCAGAAUGGCCUCAGCAAAGGGAGAGUCCACAGGAAAGGCAGGUUCUGGGGUGAAGAAGAAGUGGGCGGCAGGGCUUGUCCUGGUGCUGGAGGAUGCCACAGGACGGCUGCUCGUCCGCCUCGCCUCACCUAAUUCUGAUGUGUUCUUUUCAGCAACAGCAGAGGAGUUGCGCAAGGAUGCAGCAGUGUCUUCUAAGGCAGCUGCAGGCAUGGCUAUGCUGCUGGGUGUGCCUGGAGACCACGGGCAGGAUACAGGAGUUUUGUAUGGACAGCAAGCACAUGCAGGGGUUGAAGGGGAUGCUGUGCAUGAGAGUGAAGAUGCACGGGUGGAAAGGGAAGCACGUAGCCCGCCGUCGAUUGACUGCUGUGUGUUCUCGUACCACCAUGUGAGGAAAGAUGGAAUGUCGAAAGAGAAGAUGUUCCAGAUCUUCCAGACUAGCCUCCGCCAGAUCUUUGUGCCCGCCCAUCUGUGUUCAGCCAGGAAUUCCGCGGGCCCUUGGAAUUGUCUGGGCGGACCUUGGGAUCUCAGCUCACCACACAACUGUCAGCAUUCAUCCAUUAUCAGCACAGACAUUGGUGGGAAUCUCAGACUCUAUAGCCGCUCGAUCGCGAUGGCGCCGCGCGUGCUUGGCCUGCUGGCCGUGAUGGCGAUCUCGGUGGUGGGAUGCGUCGCAUUCUCGGAGGAGCGACCGACGGACCAGCGCAUCCUCGUGCUGCUGGAUGAUCUCAAGAACAAGGACUCCUACUCCAUCUUCUUUAAGAACCUCGCAGAUCGCGGGUAUGAGUUGGAUUUCCGCGCGGCGAGGGAUUCGAGUCUCGUGCUGCAGAAGUACGGCGAGUACCUCUACGACGCCGCCAUCAUCCUCGCGCCCAAAGUCUCCUCGUUCGGCGGCGUGGUGGACGUGGCGGCGAUCCUCGACUUCGUUGACUCGGGUCACGACCUCAUCCUCGCGGCGGACAGCGGCGCGUCCGACACCAUCCGCGAUAUCGCGCUCGAAUGCGGCGUGGACCUCGACGAGAACCCCAAGGGCGUGGUGAUGGACCAUCAGCAGUACGCGCGGGUGAGCGGGCGCAGGGACGACCACACACUCGUGCUGGGCAGCAACCUCGUCAACUCCUCCGUCAUCCUCGGCUCUGCGCCCAUCAAGGGCCCCAUUCUCUUCCAGGGCAUCGCCAUGACUGUCUCGCCCACGUCUGAGCUGGUGGUGCCGGUGCUCUCGGGUUCCCCCACGGCCUACGCGGCGGACCCAUCUGCCCCUCUCAAGGAGCCCCCCGCGCUGCAGGGCAAGGCGGUGUCGCUGGUGGCGGCCAUGCAGGCGCGCAACAACGCGCGCGUCCUCAUCUCCGGCUCGCUCGCGCUCUUCACAGACAGUUUCUUCCGCGCAGUGGAGGACGUGUCUGCCACCUCUGCCGACCCCGCCGCACAAAACGCCAAGACCUCCCAGUGGCUGUCGCCGGCCGGCAAUGAGCAGUUUGUCACGGAGCUGUCCAAGUGGACCUUCCACGAGAGGGGGCACCUCAAGGCUGUGAACCUGCGGCACAGCAAGGCUGGCGAGAGCACAGAGCCGGCCGUCUACCGUGUCUCCGACCACCUGGAGUUUGCAGUGGACAUCUUUGAGUGGGCGGGCAGUGAGUGGGUGCCAUUCAAGGGCGAUGACGUGCAAGUGCAGUUCUACAUGAUGAGCCCCUACGUGCUCAAGACGCUCUCGCAUGAUGACAAGGGUCGCUUCUUCACAUCUUUCCAGGUGCCGGACGUGUACGGCGUGUUUCAGUUCAAGGUGGAGCACAAGCGCCUGGGCUACUCCACCAUCUCGCUCGCCAAGCAGAUCCCCGUGCGCCCCUUCCGCCACGACGAGUUUGAGCGCUUCAUCCCGGCAGCCUUCCCCUACUACGCCUCUACCUUCUCCAUGAUGAUUGCGUUCUUUGUCAUUGGCUUUGUCUUCCUCUACCACAAGUAA